AUGCUUUCCAAACAAGCAUCUUCCGCUUUCAUCCGAUCAUUCGUUCGCGCCAAGCAACUUAAGUUCGGAGCCGAUGCUCGCCAAGUUCUUCUUGAAGGCGUUAACAAGCUUGCUGACGCUGUUGUUUCCACAUUAGGUCCAAAGGGACGCAACGUCAUGAUUGAGCAGCCAUUCGGCCCGCCAAAAGUCACAAAGGAUGGUGUUACAGUUGCCAAGUCCAUCGAAUUUGCUGACAAGUGGCAUAACAUGGGCGCACAACUCGUUAUUUCCGUUGCCCAGAAGACCAACGAUAUCGCUGGUGAUGGCACAACAACAGCCACACUCCUUACACGUGAACUCUAUAAGGAAGCUCUCAAGGCUCUCUCAUCUGGUCUCGAUCCAAACGAAGUUCGCAAGGGAAUGACAGCAGCUGUCGAUGCUGCCGUUGCUGAAAUCAAGAAGCUCACACGUAAGGUUUCAUCUGACAGUGAAAUCCAACAAGUUGCCACAGUUUCCGCUAAUGGCGACCACACAAUCGGUGAACUCAUUGCUAAGGCCUUCAAGGCUGUCGGCCAGGAAGGUGUUAUCACCGUCCAGAACGGAAACUCCUUCGAACACAAGCUCGAAGUUGUCGAAGGCAUGAAGAUCGACCGCGGCUACCUUUCCGCCUUCUUCAUGACAAACAACAAGAACAUGAAGUGCGAGUAUGAGAACCCAUACAUCCUCAUCACAGAUAUGAAGAUUUCCUCCUUCGCAACAAUCGCUCCAGCUCUUGAAGCCUGCCUCCAUGCCAACCGCCCACUCCUUAUCAUCGCUGAUGAUGUCGAAGGUGAUGCCCUCGCCACACUCAUCGUCAACAAGAUCCGUGGCGGUCUCAAGGUUUGCGCAGUCAAGGCUCCAGGAUUCGGUGACAACAAGAAGGCCACACUUCAAGAUAUCGCUACAGUCACGGGCGGCCAAGUCAUCGCUGAAGAACUCGGCCUCAAGCUCGAGUCAAUCCAGCUCUCACAGCUCGGCCAAUGCUCCAAGAUCACAGUCUCCAAGGAUGACUGCAUCGUCAUGGGCGGCGCUGGCCAGAAGGACGCAAUCAAGGGCCGUGCAGAGGAAAUCCGCAAACAGCUCGAAAGCACAGAGUCCAAGUACGAGAAGGACAAACUCAAGGAACGUCUCGCAAAGCUUACAGGUGGUGUUGCCGUCAUCAAUGUCGGUGGUGCCUCAGAAGUCGAAGUCAAUGAAACAAAGGACUUGAUCGAUGACGCUCUCAACGCUACACGUGCUGCUAUCGAGGAAGGUAUCGUUGCUGGUGGUGGUAUCGCACUCCUCAACGCUUCCCUCGCUCUCGACAACAUCAAGAAGGAGUCUCUUCCACAGAGAACAGGUGUUGACAUCGUAAAGAACGCUAUCCAGAUGCCAAUCAAGGCUAUCGCUAAGAACGCUGGCCUCUCUGGCGACGUCGUUGUUGAUAAGGUCCUCUCAAAGAAGGAUAAGGCAUUCGGUUUCGAUGCAAGAGAAAUGGAAUACGGAGACAUGUUCAAGAAGGGUAUCAUCGAUCCAACAAAGGUCGUCAGACUUUCCCUCAUCAACUCUGCUUCCGUCGCUUCUUCAAUGAUGUCCGCUGACUGCAUGAUCACUGAUGUACCAGAAGAGAAGCCAGCUGCUCCACCAAUGCCUCCAAUGGGUGGUGGAAUGUACUAA